CCACCCCGCCCGCCAUGUCGAGCAUGGAUACGGAGUCAGACGAGGAGGCCCAGCGCGCUCACAUGGCGACGACCGCACUCCUGGCUCGACGUACGCGCCUGACGCGCAGUCUGCGCGAUAGCCCCUACGACCUCGUUCUAUACAUUGAGCGCGCCGUUGCGCACUCCGAGCUCGGCUACCCCGAUCUCGCGGCGGGGGAUGCGUACCGCGCGCUGCUGCUCACGGACGAGGUGAGGGAUGAGGGCUUUGAGUAUCAUGAGGUUGCGGCGGAGGCGCUGAGGGGACAUGAGGAGAGGGGCAUCCUGGGGGAGGGGGGUGGAGAGGGGGUUACGGCGCUGUUGGAGGUGGCGAGUACGAGGUGCUAUCGCAUUUUGGCUAUUAGUCUGUUGCUUUGUGGGUGUUUGAAGAGCGCGCAUGAGUUCUGUGAGAGGGGACUGGAGAAGGCACCGGGGGAUGAGGAGUUGACACAGGCGCAGGAGUACAUCAUCAAUCUCGCGCGGCGCAGACUGAAGACGGAGACGGUCAACCCGGAGGACUUCCCUGACCAGGGCCUCGUGAGGCGCGAGGUCUAUCCCUGGAACGACUACGAGCCCGACCGAUAUUCCGAGGAGACACUCGAAUUUUUGAACGCUGAGCUGGCCAAGGUGGCGCCGAAAUGCGUCGCUUUGGUUACGGAAUUGCCUACCUUGGGAGACGCCUUGGUUACAGGCAUAGAUACCGAUUUCACUAUGCCGACGAAUAAGCAACUCGGACUCUUUGCAAAGGAGGAUAUUGGACCGAUGGAGACGGUGCUCCACGAGAUCUCGGCCCUGACAGUCAACAACUCGCAGGUAUACCCGCUCUGCGAUGCGUGCAGCACUGAACUCCCGGAUGUUGGAUCCGAGGAGCAGUGUGUGCCAUGUGAGGAGUGCGUUGAGACGGUAUACUGCUCUCAGGAUUGCCACGACUUCGCGAUGGAGACUUACCAUCCGGCCGUGUGUGACCGGGAAGUUGAUGGGAUUGCGAAGAACACCCAUCAAAGGGAAACCGCCAACAUGCUCCACUUGCUCCUCCUGGGGCGCGCGCUCGCUAUGUCCGCCACACAGGAUAUCCAUCCACUCGAGCUCAAGGAGGUGAAAUACAUCUGGGGUGACUUCCUACCGACCAGCUCGAACGCUGUCCCAUACUCCCCUCAAGCCGGUCCACCUCCGGUAUGGACACUGCCCUUCUCUUUCCGCGCCAACAUCACAGGGCCCCUGGACAUGCUGGAGAAGAUGGAAAUCGACGUCUUCGCGGAGCUAGACAAGUACGACCUAUGGAUCUUCAACACCCUGUACUCCAAGUUCCGCGGCACCGCAAGUGCGCGCGUUAACAAGCUCGACGGGCGUCCCGAGGUCGCUGCUGUGCACCCCCUGUGGUGCCUCGCGAACCACGACUGCGACCCGAACGUGCAGUGGGAGUGGGGCAUGCGGAUGAAGCUGUGGGCGAGAGGCGAGCGAAUCGACGGGCGGAGCCCGGGCGUCGCUAAAGGAGAAGAAAUCAUGAACCAUUACUGCGACAUUGAGCUUCCUGUUCAGGAGCGCAGGGAGUGGGCGAAGGGCAGUCUAGGGGGAUACUGCAUGUGUGACCGCUGUAGGAAAGAGGCGAAGAAGGAGGAGGAGGUGGCUGCGAAUGGAGUGGAUAUGGCGGCGAUGGUGAGCAUGGUCAAUGGCAUGAGCAUGGUACAUGAGAUAAGUAAGGCGCAUGAGAUGGCUGCGAAUGAACAACCUAACGGGGUUCCGGAGGUCAACGGCAUUAGACAGAUCACUUAGAUGGGGGGUUAUGGGGUGGGCGGCAGCAUGCACAUACGGGCGGAAUGUAUAUAACACGUGGGAUUCCGCAUUGCACUUACUGGCGUUCUAGUUCAUGGAGAUGAAGCUGUUGAUUCCUGCUGUUCUCAGCAGUAUAUAUAUAUAGAGCAGUAUAUCCGGUAUUCGGUAAAACCUCGCUUCUAGUCACGUGUAAUGAGGGGUGAAUAAUCAAGUCACGUGGGAUGACGGGCUGGCUGGCGGGUUGCUGGAAAUUAAGGGCAUAAUCCUUGGGCUUGGC